CCAAUGUUAUCAACACAGCGAAAGUUACAGCAACAGUUCACCUGGGAAUGAUUAAUCCACUGAGGAACUGAGACAUGGAAGAGCAAACAACUCCUGUACGACCGCAGCAUAAAUUCAGUGUUGACAGACUCCAGAGAUAUCUGUCUGUGAAGUCACUGGUGUCAAAUAAUGACACUGUCACUGUCAGACAGUACAGUUUCGGUCAGUCAAACCCAACUUUUCUGAUUCAGACACCGUCAAACAGCUAUGUGCUCAGGAAGAAACCCUCGGGUGAGCUGCUGCCAGGGGCACAUAAGGUGGAUAGGGAGUAUCGGGUGCAGAAGGCGCUGUUCUCUGCAGGCUUUCCUGUUCCUCAACCUCUUUUGCACUGCACCGAUGCUGAAGUAAUUGGAACAGAUUUCUACCUGAUGGAGCAUGUAAAGGGCCGUAUAUUCAGGGAUCUGCGUCUUCCUGGAGUGCGUGCAGCAGAGAGAACUGCUCUUUAUGUGGCUGCAGUGGAAGUGCUAGCGAAGCUGCACUCACUGGACCUGGCAUCAUUGAACCUUGAAGGGUAUGGAAAAGGGCCAGGCUACUGCAAGAGACAAGUGUCCACCUGGACGAAGCAGUACAAAGCAGCAGCCCACAGAGACAUUCCAGCCAUGAAUGAGUUGUCUGAUUGGCUGAAGAAUAAUUUGCCAGCUAAUGAUAAUGAGGUCACGCUUGUCCACGGAGACUUUAGAGUGGACAAUUUGAUUUACCAUCCAACAGAGGCUCGUGUCAUAGCAGUGUUGGACUGGGAGCUUUCUACUACCGGGCAGCCCUUGGCUGAUUUGGCCUACUUCCUGAUGCCUAAAUACUGGCCUAAAAACCUCAACAUCGUCAGCACAAUGGGCAGUUUGAAAGGGAUAGAAGGAAUCCCUUCGGUAGAUGACCUGAUCUCCAUUUACUGCCAGUGCCGUGGGAUCCCGUCUGCUCUCCCAGGGAUGAAUUUCUAUCUGGCUCUGUCUGACUUUAAAAUGGCAGGAAUUGCCCAGGGGAUCUAUGCACGCCAUCUUAUGGGCAAUGCCAGCGCUCCUAAUGCAGCCCAGUUUGGCCACUGUGUGGAGCCCUUGGCUCAGUAUGCCCUGCAGCUCGCUCAGAGCUCCGUCACAGGUCCCACAGAAGACACUCUGUUCCUGCAAACAGCCAAAGGCCAGACUGUUCUCCAGCAGGUUAAAGACUUCAUGAGACAAUACGUGCUUCCUGCUCAGCAGGAAGUUGCAGAGUAUUACUCCAAACACACUCAGUCUCCACAGAGGUGGCACACCCCUCAAAUAAUAGAAGAUUUAAAGGUGAGAGCGAGGGAGGCGGGGCUAUGGAACCUCUUCCUGCCCGCAGUCAGUGGUCUCAGUCAGCUGGACUAUGCCUACAUCGCAGAGGAGACUGGCCGCUGCCUGUUUGCUCCAGAGGUCUUCAACUGCCAAGCUCCGGACACGGGGAACAUGGAGGUGCUGCACAUGUUUGGCAGUGAGGAGCAGAAGAAGACUUGGCUCGAGCCUCUGUUAAAGGGGGAGAUCCGCUCCUGCUUCUGUAUGACAGAGCCUGAUGUGGCCUCAAGUGAUGCGACCAACAUGGAGUGCACUCUUCACAGGGAUGAAGACCACUAUGUCAUUAACGGCAAGAAGUGGUGGAGCAGUGGUGCUGGCAAUCCCAAAUGCAAAGUGGCAAUCGUGAUGUGCCGAAGCGGCUCCAAGGGUGGCGGCAAAAGGCACGGCCAGCACAGUAUGAUCCUGGUUCCUAUGGACACAGCAGGUGUGAAGCUGGUCAGACCGCUCACUGUGUUUGGACAGGAUGAUGCCAUCCACGGUGGCCAUUUUGAAGUGCACUUUGAAAACGUGCGUGUUCCUUCUGCCAACAUUAUUCUGGGAGAGGGCAGGGGAUUUGAGAUCGCUCAGGGGCGUCUGGGACCGGGCCGGCUGCAUCACUGCAUGAGAGCCGUCGGUGCAGCAGAGUUGGCUCUGGAGCUGCUCUGCCUCAGAGCAACCACGAGGAGCACAUUUGGAAAGAAACUUUACCAGCAUGAAGUUGUGGCUCACUGGAUAGCAGAGUGCCGUCUCAUGAUAGAACAGGCCCGUCUGCUGACUCUACAGGCUGCUCAUGCUCUUGAUACAGUGGGCAGCCGUGCUGCUCGCAAACAGAUUGCUAUGAUAAAGGUGGCAGCAGCCAGGAUGGCCUGUAAAGUGGUGGACAUUGCUAUACAGAUAUACGGAGGAGCAGGGGUGUCUGGAGAUGUCCCACUAGCACAGCUAUAUUCGUAUCUGAGGACCCUCCGCAUUGCUGAUGGCCCAGAUGAGGUGCAUCUCUCUUCGAUUGCUGGUCUAGAGCUGAGGGAUCAACUAAAGAAGGCCCAGGCCAAACUGUAAUGAAAAUCAUGUUGCCACAAAAUGUUCACUAAAUUGCCUCAACAUGUACGCAGCUUUUUCAGUUUUAAUGAUCGGCUACAAAAAAAAUUAUUUCUAUCAGCAUUUUGUAAAAUCGUGUGUAAUUUUACUACCAACUGUAAAUCAAUGACUAAUAUAUGAUUGUAUAUACUACACUGAUUUUGUAUGAAUUGUUAUUAAAAGUUUCACAUUGUU